GACGUCAUAGGGUGAGUAGUUUAAAUCCACAGGUGACAUUACUUGGUCAAAUGAGUUUUUUGAGCGCAAACUCAUUUUGGCGUCAAGUUUGACAAAGAAAUAGUUACGGUGUGUUUACAUCUUUCUAGACACUGGAUGGAUUAGGUGCGCGUUCUCGUAUUCAUUAUACGCUAAUUAUGUAUAUUCAUAGACAGCCCGCGGAGGGCGGAAAGGAAGAAGGGAGGGCGUCGCUGUUUAAAAUGCUGGGAAUGUGACAGCCAGUCGACCAGACCGCCAGCCUCGGCUCGGAGAGGGAAUGAAGAGACACCUCCGCGGGGAAAAUGCGCGCGGCAGCAGCAGCGAAGUGACGCGUUACGCGCCGCUCCACAAGUGCUCGGACCCGAUCGCCCUUUUGAGGGGACAAACAUGACCGUGGUGCCCGGGGAGAACGUCGACGAGACCGUGGCGUUGACAGCCCUAUCCCAAGAUGUUUACGACCCCGAGCGCGCGGGUCAGGAGUGCUGCGAGCGGGUGGUUAUCAACAUCUCCGGGUUGCGCUUUGAGACGCAGCUGAAAACCCUGGCGCAGUUCCCGUCCACCUUACUCGGGGACCCCAGAAAACGAAUGCGCUUCUUUGAUCCGCUGAGGAACGAGUAUUUCUUCGACAGGAACCGACCCAGCUUUGAUGCCAUCCUUUACUACUAUCAGUCCGGGGGGAGGUUAAGGAGACCCGUCAAUGUGCCCGUGGACAUCUUCAUGGAGGAGAUUAAAUUCUACGAGUUGGGAGAGGAGGUCAUUGAGAAUUUUAAGGAGGACGAGGGGUUCAUCAAGGAGGAAGAGCGACCUUUGCCGGAAAACGAGUUCCAGCGUCAGGUCUGGCUUUUGUUCGAGUACCCAGAGAGUUCUGGACCCGCGAGGGGGAUCGCAAUAGUCUCGGUGCUCGUCAUUUUAAUAUCCAUCGUCAUCUUUUGUUUGGAGACUUUACCAGAGUUUAGGGAUGAGGGGAAAAUGCACGAGGAGCAGCUCGCCAUCAACGGAACCGUAAGUUCAAAGAAGCCAAAUCCCUUCACGGACCCGUUUUUUAUCGUGGAGACCCUCUGCAUCAUUUGGUUCUCAUUUGAGUUGCUGGUGAGGUUCCUUGCGUGCCCGAGCAAGCCCGCCUUUUUCAAGAACAUUAUGAACACCAUCGACAUCGUGGCGAUCAUACCCUACUUCAUAACCCUGGGUCUGGAGCUGGCAGAGCACCAGGGCAACGGGCAGCAGGCCAUGUCUCUGGCCAUACUGAGGGUCAUUCGCCUGGUGCGGGUGUUCCGCAUCUUUAAGCUCUCCAGACACUCCAAGGGUCUCCAGAUCCUGGGGAAGACCCUGCAAGCGAGCAUGCGGGAAUUAGGUCUGCUGAUAUUCUUUCUCUUUAUCGGGGUCAUACUCUUCUCCAGCGCCGUGUAUUUCGCCGAGACGGACGACCCCGACUCGGGGUUCAGCAGCAUCCCCGAUGCCUUCUGGUGGGCGGUGGUUUCCAUGACAACCGUGGGCUACGGAGACAUGUGCCCGGUCACCAUCGGGGGCAAGAUCGUGGGCUCUUUAUGCGCCAUCGCCGGCGUGCUCACCAUCGCGCUCCCGGUGCCCGUCAUAGUGUCCAACUUCAAUUACUUUUACCACAGAGAGACCGAGCACGAGGAGCAGUUACAGUACACGCACGUGACGUGCGGUCAGCAACAGCAGCCUUCCUAUGGCGAGUUUCAAAGGAGCGACAGCAAACAGUCCAUGUCCAAAUCGGAGUACCUGGACUCGGAGGACGGAGAUUCGGUCAAGUACACCAACUGCAGCCCCCAUAAAGCAUGCACGGGAAAACUCACCGAUGUGUGAACGCGGACAUUUACGCGCCCAAAGAACGCAUCUUUCUCCGUGCGCGCAUCCUUAUCAUUGCUCGGCUCGGGCAGAUGUCUGUGAGGAACACAGCUUCAUCUGAAAAACAUAACUGUGCGAUUAUUUUUUAACUGUAUGAUUAUUUUCUUAACUGUCUUCCGUUGUUGUGAUCGUCGAAGCGCGUGGCGUAGAGUAGGACGCAGUAGCUGUAUAGCCGCACAAAAGUAUAGAGAACGUAAAAUAUUAUAUUUAUUAGAUGCAAGCCCGAUGAAAUCAAGCUGAAGCACUUUGCUCGUGUUCUCAUUCGUUAGUUUUACGCAUUUCGGUAAUGAAGUUUACGUACAUUACGCUUUUUAAGAGAGAAACAGUAGGACCAAUAUCGGUAUUUUAAUUUUAAAUAUUGAGGACAGUUGAGUUGAAAUGCAAUCUAAUUGGAAAAUAAAUACAUUAAUUUAAUUAAUUAAUAACCCCCCCCUACUUGUUCCAGCUAAUUCCAGUUGUUUUUAGGGGCCGUAACAGGUACAUUUGAGAUGCGCAUAUAUCCAGAAAAGCUUUAUAAUUUCAAACAUCACAUUCUCACUCAUUAGACGUCUGAAACAUUGAAAUUUAACUUUACAGGUCAUUGCAUCUUAAUAUUCUUGCUUUUUUUGGCAAAAGCAACAUUUGUGUAAGCUUCAUAUGAUCAACAGAUGUGCAGUGAUGGAAUGAAUAAGCAAGCUGCACAUUCAGAUAGAUUUUUAAAAUCUAAUAGCGCCACCUAGUGAUCAUAGAUGGUAGCUGCAGCCAGAAGAAUGUGUUUCCAUAGCAACCUUCCAGACGGUUCUCGAGACAUCAGGCAAUACAUUGUUCUCUUAAUUCAUUUGUUCACAUAAAACAUGGUUGCCUCAUAAAUAAAACGCAUUUAAAAAUAAAUUGAUAUAUUUGGCAACCAAAAAAUCCGACUCGUGCAACCCUUCACGGAUGAUCAAAUGCACCGUAAUAGUUUGACACAAUUAUUGUCCACGCCGACCAGAAUGCAUCUGAUAACAUGAAGAAACAUCAACAUUUCUUGCUCUGCAACCAACGCCACGAGAUCGUGAGUUCAGCCCAUAGGUUCAGUCAAAGGAUGCGUUGUGACGUCACUGCGAGGAGGGGAUAACAAGGAUGCCUAUUGGUUGGAUUAAAAUCAAUUUUACAGAGGAUUCCUGCAAUGUCAACAAGGGGAAAACCGGAAAUUGAUGUAUCUGCUCAGACCCCUCCAACAUACAAGUUCCUCUCUGCUCCUUUUAAUGGAAUCUACCACAGGAACAAAAAUGAUUCAGAUAUGUGGAUGGGACACUCCAGUUCUUCAUGUAACCUGAACCUUUCAUAUGGGAAGAAACAAAUUACACGAUCUACAAAAGACAACAUUUUAAGGAGCAAACUUUUUUUCUAUUGGAUGGUUUUUUUUUUGCCUUGAACGAGUUUAAGGAUUAACUUUGUCAAAAACUUGACGCCCGGACAGUGUGGGAAAAAAAUGAAAAUUUUAAGAGUUUGAAAAUGAUUUACUUGAUCAUGGAUUACAUGCGCAAACAAAUGCUUACCUUACAUUUGUUUGCCCCAAAACAACAUGCUGUUGAAAUGAGUGUGUACUGUAUGUAUGUGUGAUUAUGUAUGCAUGUGUCACAUUUAAACAUUACAUAUCAUGCAGUAUGCUAUACCAAAACACAUGAUGUCGUGCGUGGGGUUGGGCAUGAUAAAAAUUGUAUCAUUUUAUUUUUUUAUUUUGACUCGUCAACAAGUGCACAAAAUCAUUCAUAUAAAAUGGGAACAAUGACAACGACAAAAUGACAAAAUAUCAAUAAUGACUUGACUGUUGAGGUUAACAUUGUUAAAUAUCUAUUUUUUUAAAGUAUCAUAGAUUUUAUAUAAGAACGGUGUGGGUUGAACUGCUGAAAGGUUAUUUUUGUAGUUUUUUUUUUUUAAAGUUAUUGCUUGUUGAUUUUCAUGUUGGUCCUUCACUUGCUUUAUUUUGAUCGCAGUAUAAAGAAUCGAAAUGCUGAAAUGUUCAAUUCUGUCACCUUUUCUCCUAAAAUAGUUUAUGCAGUACAAACAGAAAUGUUUGUGUCUUCUACAGUAUGUUGUGAUUAUUGAUAGUGUCAGAAUGCUUUAUCGCCAGUCAUUGAAAGCAUCUACCUCACUGUGCUGAUUUACUGUUUGUUUACCUCGCUGUAUUGAGUUACAUCCAGCACAUCAUAAGCCGUAUUUCUGGAAAGGCUCGCACCAACAUUUCCGUGUAACUGUAAGGAGGACACGAUGUGUUGAGCCUCUGUUCUGCUUUUGUACAAAUAUACUCUGCAAAUCAUCAAGAAAUAUUAAUGACAUGCUUUAAUCUGAACGUGGCAUAAGUCAUAUGCGAGAAAAACUUGUACAAAAUGCCCCCAAAAAGUUUGAGAGUUUUUCUUUAACUGAUGUUUUAUGGAAAGAGUGAUAUUUAGAAUUGUGAAGUUAUUGCUCAUCAAUAUUGUUUAUAUAUUCGCUUGGAUGAAACAUUCAUAUGUAUGUAAAUUUGGGCCUUUUCCAUGCGCAUGACAAACAGUUUGUAUGUUUAGGGUGAUUUCCAUUGCAGUGCUUUCGCUAAAAUUUCAACAUUUAUCAAAUCAACAUCGACUACAACAUCAUCUUAAGGCCCUGAACACACAACUUUGCAUGACAUAAAGAUGUUAUUUCCCACAUAAUUAUAAUAAUCAUCUAUGUUUAAUAUCAUUAUACAUUGACGCGUUUAAAUCAUGAUUUAUUUAUUUGUUAAAAACUCCAUCACACAAAAGCAUUCCCACAAGGCCCUGAAAGGAAGAUUUUUACAAAAACAAUGUGUUUCACUAUUGCAUUAGAUUUUGUUGUUUCUGACAUAAACGUCACACAACUCGCAACAAAACAGACAUACAUGCAGGUUGGGAGCUAUAAGUCUGUGUACAUUUCCACUGUAGUGAAAGAUUGCCGCUCACAACAACCAGAGCACUACAAUCCCACAAUCCAUCCUGGCAGCGUAACGCUUGACUUCCAUAGAAAUCCAUUAAAAUGGAUUCCCCAUCGCUAGGAACAACAAAGCUGUCUACACAACUGCCUGAACCGUGACAUCUUGUGCAUUGGUUUUGAAGACAAACACACAUGAAAGCAAAAAUGUAUGUUAUGCAUUUCAUUAAUUGACGUUUCUGCACUUUUGGUCUUUCAACAAUAAUUAGAUUUAGAAGUUUAGCAGCCGGCUCAAAUCUGAUGUUUUAAAUGAACAUUAUAGUGACGUUCACAUGUAAACUGUGGACAGACUCGAUUUGUGGUGGGAUAAUUAAAUUUUAAAUUUAAAUUGAUGACUUAAACAUGAAUCAUGGAACCUCCCUGUUUUUUUUGUUUUUUUCAUAAACAUCCCAUCAUAUUUCUGUCAGCUGCGUGUUGCAUUUAUACUCACAUGUGUAUUUAUUUACACUGUUGCCUGUUAAGAAAAUUUAUGCAAAGCGAUGUGCAUUUCUGAUAUGUUCCUUUAAUCUUUCAUUAAUCAAGUGUGGUGUAUUGAAAGUGCACUCGAUGAAUUGAAUUGAUGACAUGAAAAGCGCUGUGACUGCUGAUUAUAUAUUGGCACUUAUUGGCUUGGUUUCACAGAUAAGGCUUAGCUAAAGCCAGGACUAGGACUUCAUUAAAUUAAGAUCUUUAAGCAACAUGCCUUAGAAAAAGACAUUACUGGUGUGGAUCUUGAGACAAAUCAAUGGCACUGGCUUAUUUUAAGAUCUGUCAGUGGAAGUUAUUUUCAGUUGAGACGCCUCAAACACGCGUCUAUAGGCUUAAGCUUUGUCUAUAAAACCAUAGUUUUUGAUAGCAAUAAUCCAUGAUAAAACGUAUGAAUACAAAGGUGAAAAUAUCACUGUUGCUUUGCACAUGAUGUCAAACGUAAUUGUUUCGUGUAAAUAUAUUUCUUUGAUAGUGCCUUAAAUCCCAUGUUAUAUCAUACUGUAACAAAGAAUUGACAUUAAUAUGCAUCCUAGAUUGUAUGUAUUGAGAUGAUGUCAUUGAUUUGAUUCAGUCUGUAUUAUGAAUGUACUGUAACGCAUCCAAAGACUCACUUUUCACAUCAGCUAUUUCAUACCCUACAAUUACUGAUCAUAAAUAAUCGAUGCAUCAUUCAAGCCAAAACAAUAAAUCAGACACAUGGUACUAAAAGUGCAAAGACUGUAGAUUCUAUACAGUUACGGUAACAUUAGGCUAUGCAUUUGUUUACUGCAAGGACCACACUAAGUUCAGCAUUUAUUAAUCUUAUUUUUAUUAAAAAUAUAUAUAUUUUUCAUUGUUUGUGAUGCAUUAUUAUACACUGUAAAAAGUAAAACGUUGGUUAAGUUAAGUUUCACUUUAGGAGAAAAAAUUAAGUUGAAACAACACACUGUAAAACCUAAAAGUUAACUCAACUCAAACCAUUUAAGUAAACCGGAUGCAUUAGUUUUAAACCACAUACAUUUGAGUACUGUGAACUUAAACAAAUUGAGUCAUGUGCAGUUAUGCACUUAUAUUUAAGUUCACACUACUUAAAUAUAAGUGCAUAAUUGCACAUGACUCAAGUUCACAGUACUUAAAUGUAUGUGUUUUAAAACUUAAAUGGCCUAAUGCAACCGGUUUACUUAAAUGGUUUGAGUUUUUACAGUGCAUAUUUAGGUGUUACUAAUUAAAGUAAUUUUAAUUGUAAUUUAAGUAGAUCCAACUUUUUACAGUGUACUUAACAAAUGUAUUCAUAUGCAGGAAAAACAACAAUGAUUAUUAAAUGCCAUGGAAGUUGUUUAUUGUUUGGUCAUUGACUAUUGCAUUAACUCAUUUUAAUAUACGGGGUAAGGUAUUACUAAUGUAAACCUACUGAACUGUAUCAGAUUAUUAUUUAAAUGACAGCGAACAGUCCCCCAUGAUGUCAUCACGCCCCAUACUGUAUGUGUUUGUGUGUUUCUGCUGGCGGCCAUCUAAAGAGCUUUAGUACUUGUAAUGUUCGUGUAUGUCCAGUAUGAUCCUGUAUUAGUUCCUGUACUUAAUAUUGAAGAGUGACUGUCGUAUUUUUCUGCUCUUGUAAAGAAUCAUUAGAAAUGGUUUAAAUGUACGUGGGUUUAAAUCAGGAGUCUGUUCAAAUGUCCAGUAUCUAGUGUCCUCUGUCUAGUGUUCUUACUCAACAGGGUAAUAAAAUAAAUGUCUAGUUCAUUA